AUGCAUUUUCUCCUCCUUGGCGCCACUGGGCGAACUGGCCAGCACGUCGUAUCUGAAAUACUCUCUCAGGGUCAUACAGCGGUAGCCCUUGUGCGUACUUCUAGCAGUCUCACCCCUCGUCCUGGGCUCACUGUUGUCACUGGCUCGCCACAAUCGAAAUCCGACAUACGCAGCGCUCUCUCCGCGGCAACCCCUCUAUCACCCUCCGCAGCGAUCAUCACAUUGAACACAGUCCGCGAGUCCGAUAGCCCAUGGGCGGCGCAGGUCUCACCUCCUCGCUUCCUGGCCGACUCGUGCGCCAAAGUUUGCGAGGUUCUGGAGCAUGCCAAUAUUUAUCGCGUGGUAGUGCUGUCCACAGCUGGUGUCGGGGAUUCAUGGGGUAACCUGCCGUGGUUGAGCAAGGCAUUCAUGGGUUGGACCAAUAUCCGGUAUGCGCUCGAGGAUCAUGGCCUCGUAGAUAAGGAGAUUCGGCUGACGAAGAUGGAUUGGACUCUCGUGAGGGCUGUAAGGCUGCAAUUCGACGAACAGAAGCAGAAGCCGACCCACACGAAGACAGACGUGAAAACGAUGGGUAGUGAUGGCGUGGGAAUGCGCAUGACCGACGGUGUGAGUGUUAUCAGUGUGGCAAGAUUCCUGGUCAAGGUUGCGGUCGAAGAACUUUUCGUCCAAAGGGCAGUGGUUGUGGCCAAUUAA